CCCUCGCCUCUUUGCUCCAAUGGCUUCUCGUUUUCGUUCGAUUUCGAGGCCCGCAUUCUCGUUGCUCAAAUCAUCUGUCACCCAAUCUAGAAUCUCCACCGCCUCCGCUUCAUCAUGCCGUCCCCAUUCCAUUCCGAGGGUUUCGCGAGCGGUGCGCUCGUUGCAAUCCCUGCUUCCGUUACACACUGCUGUGUCGUCCGCACGGCUGACGUCGAGAAUCGGGUUCGACGCGGCGGAGAGUUCGAGAUUGCUGUACCAGGGUAUGCUCUGGAGAUCGAUCCCCGGGAGUUAGGGAUUUCUGUUCCUCGAUAAAAUCUUUUGAACAACACCUGGAGCAAGUUGCUGUUUCCUGAUGCAUUUUUAGGCUUGAUUUGGUUGCAAUAUUUAUCCUGGGAGCUCUCUCUUGAAGUAACUUCUUCCAUUUGACCGUUUGAUUUCAUAUCUCUGCAAACAUUUUGUACAAGAGCUCUCUGACAAUGGCUGUAUUUUCUUUGAAAACAGAUCUGUAAUGGCUAUUCAACUGUAUUAAGCUUUUUUUAAUAUCUGUUGGUAGUAUCAUAACGCAUUACAUUUUUUAAAUAGAGAUCUUUCUUAUAUU